UCAGCAGUACCCAUACAACCAUACCAGACACUAUGAAGAAAAUCUACUCUGUCCCAGCUGAAACCAGGCCAGCAGACAAAGCUGGGGAAGUAGCAGGGCGCGGGGGCUGCUGUCUCUCAUCUAGGCCAUCAGUAGUGGUGUUUAUCAGGGAUCCACAUCUGUAACUGCUCCAAUGCCAAACGCAGCACAUGGCCUUGAGGCAGGCAGAUCAUUCUUCUGCCUAAGAUGCUUUGCAAGUGCUCUCCAAGCUGCUUGUCUCCAUGUAAAGCUCUGGUGCAUCCUAUGGCACAUAGCUAGUUCCUGAACUGCGUGCCUGCAGGGUGUCACUUCUGAGUAAUGGCUGAUGGUUUGGUGAUUACAGCAUCGAUGUCAAUGCAAAUAGGGUGCCAUAAGCCAAAACUGGAGCAGAUGUCUCACAGCAUGUAUUGAUUAUAUGAUAUCUCAAAGCUCCAGAUGCAUUUCAAGGAGCAAAGCUGGUGGUUCUGCCACCAUGUUCCAUUGAAGGAGGUGGUCCCAGGAAAGAACAACAUGGUGACAAUGUGCUAUCUGUGGGUAUUACGGAGGUUGAAGUGUUUUUGGAGCAGUGUGUGUGUCUAUACAGGGAAGGAUGAUCUCAGGGGUGAACAAGGGCUUUGGGAUCUGGACCUGCAUGCUGUGUUCCUGCACCUGUGGUCUGUCCCAGAAGCAGCUGAGCCUGGGGGGGGAGGGGGAGAGACUGUACUGACAGCACAUAGAGGCUGAAACACGGCAGACAGCAUUGUGAUCCUCAACCUUCCAUCAGUGACGGCCCUUUAAGGAUGAGCACAAACACUGCCCAGCACAGACCCAGCAGCCACGUGAGUGUCAUGGGUGGGCAGAGCUGGGCUAGCACAAAACCCAAAGAGGGCAGAUGGAGGCAGGCUGAGCUCGCUGGCUCCUGCUGCUCUGCUCCCUCGCCCUUGGGUGGAUGAAGACCUGCCUCCAGGUAGAAGAUUUGGGGGUAUGUGUGAGAGAUGUUCAGCAGCCAAGUGUCCAUCUCGCUCCGAUUGCUGCCUGGGCUGCUGCAAUGCUGAGUGCAAUAACCUUCCUGGCUGGCUCUUGCACGGAGGCACUUAUGCUUAUAUUAUGACUUUCUGCCUGGUGAGGUCUCUGUGCCUCCUGUUUGCCUGAUUUCAGGCUCUCUUUGCUUUUUUUUUUUUUUUAAUUCAUUUCUUAGUCUGGGAUGUGCUCUGUUCUUAAUGCAUCAGGAAGCCAUAUGGAAUGAAGAAGCUUCAUUGUCUGUGCAUCAGGGAGGGAAUUAUUGACUGAGUGCUGAGCAGCCACGUUAUUGAUUCUGCCCGUAGCCCAGCCUGUGUGCUGCUCGGGCUGACUGUGUCCUUCUGGCUCGCUGCGUUUAAUCGGAUUCUCUGAGCCAUUGAGCAGAGGGGGAGAGUUGGAACCAAACCCAUCUAUCAUGUUCACUUCCAAAUCCAGCUCCGUGUCCCCUUCUCCAUCCAUGGAGCAGGCAGAUUCGGAUGCUCUGGACAUCAGCACCAAAGUGCAGCUGUACGGAGUGCUGUGGAAGAGACCCUUCGGGAGGCAGUCGGCAAAGUGGUCCAGGAGGUUCUUCAUCAUUAAGGAGAGUUUCCUGCUCUACUAUGCUGAGAGUGAGAAGAAGAGCUUUGAGAGCAAUAAAUACUUCAAUAUCCACCCUAAGGGUGUCAUACCCCUGGGGGGAUGCAUUGUGGAACCCAAAGAAGAGCCCAAUAUGCCUUAUGCCAUAAAGAUCUCUCAUGAAGACUUCCAUGGUAACAUCGUUCUAGCGGCUGAAUCAGAGUUUGAGCAGGCUCAGUGGCUGGAGAUGUUGCAGGAGUCUGGAAAAGUAACCUGGAAGAACGCCCAGCUGGGAGAAGCCAUGAUCGAGAGCCUGGAAGCCCAAGGACUGCAGCUGGCCAAGGAAAAACAAGAGUAUGUAGAUAAGCUGAUGGAAGAAACAGAAGAAUUGUGUCUGCAGAGGGAGCAGAAAGAGGAACUGGAGCGUCUGAACCAGGUGCUGGAAGCAGAGAAGCAGCGGUUUGAAGAGGUGGUACGGGAGCUGCGGCUGGAGCAGGAGCAGAUCAGGAGGGAGCUAGAGCUCACAGCCCGCUCCCUUAAUGGAGUGGAGGAAGAAAAGAAAGAGUUGCGAAGCCUGACUCAGUCCUUACAGAAAAACCUGGAGGAGCUCUCUAUGGAAAAGCAGCAAAUGUUGGAGAUGUUGGAAACAAAUGAAAGCCCACCUUCAACCAGUCCUAGCAAGGAGCAAAGCCCCAGCUGGGGGUUGCACUGCAGCCUGCAGCAGAUUGAAGAGAAGAUGCAGCAACUCCUGGAGGAGAAACUUCUUGCAGAGAAGAGGAUGAAGGAGAAUGAGGAGCGGUCCCAAGCCCUGGAGGCGGAGCGGGAGUUUUACUCUUCCCAGUCACAAGUGCUGCAGAACUCACUCUCAGAGCUGACUGCGGAGAAGCAGCAGACAGAGAGAGACCUCAAGGCUGAGGUGAAGGUGCGCAUGGAACUGGAAAAGAGACUGAGGGAAGCUGAGGAAGCACUGCAGAGCUUGGAGCAAGGCUUAAAUUCUUUGGAUCGUAACAAGGAAAAGGAGGAGAAGAUGAAAGCAGAUGUCAGUAAUCUGAGAAAAUUCUUCGAAGAGUGCAUCCGCAAUGCCGAGCUGGAGGCCAAGAUGCCCGUGAUCAUGAAGAACUCUGUGUACAUCCACAAAGCUGCCACUCGUCGCAUAAAGAGCUGCCGCCUUCACCGCCGGAGAGCCAGUGCUUCAUGGAAUGACUUGAAGCAGUCCCAGUCCUUCAUCAUCUCACAUGCAGAAGCUGAAAACAUUGAGGAGCUGAAGGAGGCAGCCAAAAGACUGAGCCGGCACCAGCACUUCCGUGAGACACUCUAUCAAAUCAUGAGAUCGCACAAAGAUUCAUCAUCAGGGGAUGAAAAGUGACUCUUGUUGAGAGGGGACUUCUGAUCUCAACUUGCCAUUCAGCUCUGCAAACACUAAGCAGUCAGGCAUUAGGGUCAGAAGGGAGUUGCAUCCUUUGGUGAGGAAGGUGGUGGGAAGUUGUGUGUAGGCAGUUCCCUUAAGUAGUGUCUCUGCUUUAGUUUGGAUGCUCCCUGUUGUCUGGCAGACCUUCCCUGCUGAUGACUCUGGAUCAUGUCUCUUUGCUUCAGCUGCUUACAUUAAGCCAUGUUUUGCCAAGAUACUGUGGCUGGUGUUAAAGUGAACCACUGGCCUUAGCUUAGGAAGUGCCUCUUCUUUUCUUUGCUGCCUAGUCUGCCUGCUAAAAACAGGUGCUUCUGAGAAAUCCUUCCUCAGCCACCUAGCUGCACUCAGUGUAGCCACCCUCAGCUGACACAGUUUAACCUGUUCCACCUAAUGUCCUGUAGGAAACUGCCUCCUCAGUGUAGACCAUAACAUCAAGUGCAAGGCAAUCUUAUGCUGCAGCAACAUUUUAAGUAGAGAGAUAGCAGCGCAAGGUGAAGACAACCUGAGGAUUCUCCCCAUGGCAGGGGAGAUGGAACUACAUGAUCUUUAAGGUCUCUUCCAACCUAAGCCAUUCUAUAAUUUGCUUCCAAAAGCAUAAUGUGCAAAGAUCUGAUAGAUAACUCAACAGCACCAAUGCAAGUUGGAGGGAAGGCUACGCUGUGCUGACUGUAGGCAGAACAUCCUGGGGACACCUUUGCACUUUUUUGCAUCAAGACAACUGACUACGUUGCUGUCAGGAGGAGGAGAAAAGAUCUGUGCAGAAAAUGGUAGGCAGGUUCAGUGUGGAGUAGCCUUGACUCUGAUGGUUUUUUCAUCACCUCAGGAAAACAAGCUUAAGGAUAGGUGGGUGGGGUGAGGAGUGUUCAGCAAUGACACCUACUACCAUUUUGUAAAUUAAAUGUUGUCAGCAGCAAGAUGUUAGGGCUGAGGAGGUGGGGACAUCCACUUCAGUGUGUACUGCAGCAAAUAGCCCUUACCCAGCACUUUGUUUUGCUCUCUGCCAGUCCUUUUAAUUGCAGCCCAAGCUAUCAUGGUCUAGCCUGGACCUCCAGCAAGCCAAGGCUGGAAUGGGAGAUUACAGCUUAAUCAGAAGUGGGCUCCUGGCUGGCCUCUGGUCACUCCUUAUUGUUCACCAUGAGAUUGUCACAGUGGAGUAUUUACCUUGUAGUUGGUUAUCUUGUGUUUUACAUGAGAGGAAUGGCUUUGUGGUACAAACCUCCCCUUUAUAAAAGCAGCUGGCUAAUAAUUAUCCACAUCAUAGUAACUGUACUGCUUAGUGCUUACAGAGCACGUGAUAAGCAUGCUCAGUGAUUCUUUAUCCCUGUGAUAUAAGUCAGGAAACAAAGAUGUAAAACAUACAAAGGUGAUGAUGCUAGAAGCAGAGCUUGCUUAGGGCUUGGGGGUCUUAAGAGCCCCAGUACUCUGGCAGUUAGGUCUGUAUCCCUGAGUAUUACAUGUGCCCUUUUUGUCAAGUGACUGGGGUGGCUGCUUACCUCCAUACAGGCUGUGGUACUGGGCAUAUUCAGGCUUUGUUUCUGGCCACCAAAGUCAUUCCCUGCCAAUUCCAUGCUGCUUCUAGGGUGAAUUUAGGGAUGAGAUAGGGAAGGGACCUUGUCCUGUCAUCUGUGGGACUGGCACUGAUGUUGGUGGAGGGUGCAGAGUGUGAUAUGCUGAGAGCUUCUAGAGGGGAGUGUGUGAUGAGCACUGAAGGCAUGGUCUCUCCAUUUCAGCCACUUACUGACCACUAUCCUUCUGCCAGAUAAUGGGAUGUUUUAAAAAGCCAGAGGGCUCAUCACAGAGGGCUGUCACUUUUACAGUGACAGGUGAUGGGACAGGAAGAUAAAAUUUACAUCCCUCCGUAGUAUACCUGAUCCUUCUGUGCUUUUCCUACUCUAGUUUGCAUGCUAGAAGUCCAGAAAUUAAUUCUGGUUCCCAGAAGGAUGAAGAGUUGAGAAACAAAAGCAGAGCUGGUAUCCCCUUUGCACUGUCCUAUCAACCUCUCAGGCUAUUUUCCAGUUGCAAUUUUUUUUUUAAUCAUGUAAUACUGGAAGAUGCAGUGAAAAGUACAGCCAGAAUGUGUAUCUGUAAUCAAGGCAUUAAAAAAAAUCACUUGGUGGCUUGUGAAUGGAACACUUUGAUCUAUUACAAUCAAAUGCCACAAUGUCAUAAUUUACAGAAGUACUGUACUCAGGAGGUAGUCACAUCUGAUCUUCCUUUACUGCAUAUUGACAGCAAUAAGUAAAUAAAAGUUACACUGA